CGGGUCCCCCGGGGCCGCCGCCGGGCACGGGCCUCCUUCGUGGACGAGUCGCUGUUCGGGCGCCCCGCGGGGUCCCGCCCGCCGCCGCCCGCCUUCGCACCGCCCUGGGCGGCUCCCCCGGCUCCCGCUGCCGGCGGCUCCCGGCCGAGGAGUCAGUGCAGGUCCCGAAGCCACGCUCCGUCCUUCUGCGACGAGUCCCUGUUCGGUGCCAAGCCCCAGGGUGCCGCUUGGGCAGCUCCGUGGAUGAGGAAACAAGACAUAGCCAAGCUCCAUACGCUGCUCUGGAGCCCCCCGCCCGCCCCUCGAAACCAGCCCGGCCUUUCCCCUCUCUCCAGGGGGACACCCCUGAGAGCCGUGCACCCACCAGCCUCUGCCCCUCCGGCCACAGCGGGCUCAGAGCCCGGCCACAGGGGCAAAUCCGGUGGCUGCAAGUGUCCCGAGAGCAAUGCUUGCUCCGAAGGCUGGGGGCCUCCUGUCAGAGGACGUUCCCAGUCUGUCAGCCGGCUCAGCGCCCCCUUGGAAAGGCUUCACCUGGCUUCAGACAACCUCGGGACAGAAAAGUGGAAAAACCAGAGUGCUCCGACAACCCCUGCCUCCUCCGGAGGCCCUCUGAUGAGGGGCAGGUCCAAAAGCUUGUCCGGACCUCCUGUGGCCAGGAAUGCAGGUGGCUGCAAGCCCAGACCACCCUGGAAGUGAUGCCAAAUGUCCCUCUGGAUGUACAUAACAGCCUUAGAACUACCUGAGACCUCCCAGUGACCAAGUGUGUGAGGACCCUGCGCUUUUCUGUGGCUGGAGACAAAGGAUGGGGCUGUUCCAUGCUGGAGGACAAGCCAGGAGCUGGAGGUGACCACAGCACCAGAGGCAGUGAAGGGCACAACCCCACAUCCCACAGUACCAGAGUGGGAUGGCCUUGGUGGGAACAGCCACUUCCAUGGAUGUCCAGUUGUGAUCAGAUGAGGUGUGGUAACGAGUCGGGUUCCUGCUGUCUGCAAAGUCCAGCUGGGAAGUCAGAGCAGCAGGAGACAGGAGUGCCCACAGGGCAGUCCAAGGCCCAUCCAGGAGAAGGACCAUGCGCAGGUACUGGGAGGCUGCUUUUAGCCCCCCCCAAAACAUUCCCUUCUCCAGAGAAGGAGCCCCAUUCCCUCUGCCUCCGUGCACAGGACGUGUGCUCCAGCCCUGACGGCCUUGGUGUCUCCCUGCUGUCCUUGCUCCGUGUCAUCGGCGCUUUAAGGUCUCCUCUGGCAAGUCUGGAGAAAGGAGGACGAGUUUGGAGAUGAGGAAUGGCAUCACCCUGCAUCCUGCUGGUGGUGGGAUGGCCCCAGGCUGGGUGGGGUUUGUGACAGAGGAGGACCAGCUGCAGGGAUUUUGGCAGCUCAUGGUGAUGAGCUGCUGAGUGGACACGUAACCCUCUGGCUUGUGCUGAGGGUUGUUCACAGCAGUGCCAUGCUGUCACCAAAUAAAUGAUCCAAGACAAAUCUGGGACCUCAUGUUUGGUCCGUGGGAUGCUGCUGAGCCAUCUGGGCAUCUCCAAAGGCUGAGUAAAGCAGCUCCUCAGUUUCCAUCCCUGAGGUGGGAAAGAGCAGCUUGAUCUGUAGGAAUGUAGGUGGGGAGGCAGAUAAAGGACAUGGGCUGGGUGACUUGGGGUUUGCAGUCACUGCUGCCCAGGGAAGGAGGCUGUGGGGAGGAGCCCAUGAGGUUCAGGGAAUACAGGAGAGUCCUGGCAGUUUGGUAACUCCCUCCAACGCAAAGGGAAACACUCCAAAUACACCCCAGGACACACUGAGCCAGGUUAAGAGCAUCAUUCUGCCCCCAGAAAUUAUUUUAUUGCACCUUAAGCAGCAAGGAAUCUGCCUUGACCCACUCCAGCACGUGGAGCUGGAGCCAGCCAGGAGCCUGCCCUGCAGGGAUUUUGUGCUUAUUUCUUGGCCUUCUUGCCCCUUCCCUUUUUCUUUAUCUCCAGCAUGAGGAAUGGCUGGAAUAGGCAGCUUUUCUGGAUGUGGGUAUUGUGGCUGUACAGCUCAGGUUGUGGCUGUAUCCCUCCCAUCCCACUCAUUCUCCUGCUGUGUCCAGGAACAGCAGGUAAGCACGGUGUGUUUCUCCUUCAGGACAAGCCCUUUCCUGGGUGCAGACAGCACAAAGUACCUCUGGUUCAGCCUGCCAAGGCAGCAGGUGCCAGUUCCUGCAAACUUGAGGGCAUUGAGCAGGUUCCUCCUGCACAUCCCUACAAAGGGAUCCUUUUACCUAUCCCAGAUCUGGGUAGAAUUGCCCCUGGCUGCUGAACUGAGCCUUCCCAAGGGACCAAAUGAAGGAAAUGUGCCUGAACGGGACUUUUCAAGAGGUGCCAGGUCUAAAUACUUUCAUGCUCCUUUGAACCUCCCCCAGAAAGCCAAGGACAGUUGGGUUUGGUGGCACUCAGCACAGGAGGAGGGUUAGGGGACCCAGCAUUCCUGGGCCUGGUGCUCCCGCCACCUUUGGCAGGUAGAAAGCAAGAAUAGCCUGAUGUUAAAACCUGAGAAGGUGAGUGAGGGUCCUUGGGAUUAGCUCCAAGCUCUCAGAUCUUUCCCCACACUUCCCAUUGUGGCAGUCCAGCAGCUCUUCUCCACCUGGGUAAAAACUGGAGGGACAUGGAACAACUGGGGCCUUCUCAGAAGAGGGGUUGGGGGUGAACCUGAGCCUGCUCAGCUUAAUUUGGGAUGUGGGCACAGUGAUGUGCAACCUGUGAAGGCUGAGAAUCCGGGUGUGAUUUGGACACUAGAUGGAGACAAGAGGGUUGAGGAUAGACAGAAAAGCAGGAACACUGUUCCCCAGCGGCAGGGGGAUGAGUUGGAUGCAGUGGAGUGAAUCAUCAGCCCACUGGGGUAACUGCCCCGAGAUCUCAACAGCAGAGAACUGAACCAGUGCCAUACUGGGGAGCUGGAGACCUUGAAAGGUGGAGCCUCUUAAAAUGAAGAGAGAUUUAAUCUGAAAAGCAAGUUGACAGGGGCUUGUAUGGCCAGUUUGCUCCUACUGUUGUGUUCAGGCUCCAAGGAAUCAGCAGGGAAAACUCAAAGCCCAUCACAUCAGCCACACACUUUCCUGUCCCAGGGUGUCACCGAGGGCUUCCAGGAGGUCAGACCUGGCAGUUCCUCACUAUUUAUACCACGAGGACAAUGUUGGUGAAAUAGAAAUGGGUUUAUAUGGGUUGUUUGCAUUUUGUUCUGCAGUUCUCAGUGCUUUACUGUUGCUCUGUCUUCUUGUUCUGACGGGGCUGUGCAGCCCAGCACAAGAGCAAAAGCUGCUCCAUUACUGCUGGGGCUGCCCUGCCUGCUGGAACUGGUGCCUGUGUGGUAAAAAACCAUUAAAUCUGUAUAAAA